CUCCGACCAAUCACCACCUUGGUCUUCGAUGUCGUCAUAGGUGUGCGCUUCAAUCAGAGAGGGCUGUGUUUCGCCGUCCGUGGAGACAGCUACACGUUACACGUGCUGUCACCGUGAUCAUCGUUGUAUGGAUUUACUGUGAAAACAAGAAAACUGAUAAUGGCUGCAGUUUACUCUGGGAUCCACUUGAAGCUAAAGAAUUCCAAGACACCGUGGGAAGACAAAAUAAAGUUGGCCCACUUUGCAUGGAUCUCUAACCAGUGCAUCCUUCCUAACAAAGAACAGGUUUUACUUGACUGGGUGAGUCAUGCUUUGGUUGGAUGUCACACGAAGAAAAUCGCUCUGGAGGAGGAUCUUGAGCAAAAGCUUUGGAGCUUCUUAGACAACAUUUUGCAUAGCAAGAAGCUGCAGAGCCUAGUGAAGGAGGGGAAGUCUGUAAAACUUGGAUUCACUAUUGCACAGGUCAUAAAUGAAUGUAUUGCUUCAUCCUGUGCUACAGAAGGAUCCCGUGCAGGCCUUUCCACAGUGCUUAGUUGCUGUCAAGGCAUUCUUUCCACUCCGGCUCUCUCCUUUGUCUAUACAGCUAAAUGUGAGCUUAUGGUAGAGCUGCUCAGAAACGUGUCUAUGUUGGCUUGCCAUUAUUUGGCUUCAGCAGAAUCGAUCACAGCUCCGUUAUUUGAUGUCCUUCAGAUGUCUUUUACGCAGUACCUGCAAAUACAAAGGCAGCAGAGUAACCCAAACAGGGUGUUUACCCAUGUGCUGUCGCAGUUAUUUCAGCCCUGCUUAUUACUAAGACAUUCCCUCAACACUCGUUCUUGGGGCAAAGAAGAUGAUAGCCGCGUACGCCAUCAGUUGAGCAAGGAUAUUCGAAGUAAAUUGGAGACAGUUCUUCAGAUGGGACUCUUCCAAUCAGAACUCUUGUCUUCAUACAAGGAAGAGCUGCUUUCGGAAGUGGACCAAGUGGAAAAGAAAAAAGGAUCCGUGAAAACACUCUUAAAACCUGUUGGUUCCAUGAUGUCAAAGCUGGAAGAUUCUAGUUUUUGUGAUAAAGAAAUCUAUUUUUCAGUUUUAGCUAAUUCUGUUCCUCUCUUAUACAAGCUUUUUCUAGACUCCUACUGCAAAGAUGGAAACCAGCUGGUCUGUUUCCAUAUGCUGGCCAGGCUUUUUGAAUGUCUCCAGUCAUCAGUUUUGAAGCAAGCAGAGAGUUCAUCAGAGCAACCAAGUUGGAGCAUGGGUCUUUUUGCCUUAGAACAGAUCCUGAAUCUUGUACUGAGUCAUGACAUAUACAACGUUGCAGUGGAUCGCAUUAGGCACAGAGAAAUUCAGUACAAUUUCUUCAGAAAGUUGUCGGAGAUGCUUGUGUGCAACCCUUGCACCUCUGUGUCUGCCUGGUUCCGCUGUCUGAAAACAUUAAUCUUGUUAAAUCACUUGAUUGUUGAACCAGAUCUUGAUGACCUUGUGUCGUGUGCGUGGAUUGAUGCUGACAUAUUAGAUUCGCGAGUAAGGAAAGCGCAAGAAACCCUAAUAGUAAGCCUUCUGCAAACAUAUGCUAAGCUUCGCCAGUUUCCCAAACUGUUUGAAGAAGUUUUGAUAGUUAUAUAUCGUCCAGCAGCUGAUGAAUUACGACAGCCUGUUUUCUCUCCAGGACUAUCUAAAAAACUUUCAGAGCUCCUUCUUGAGCUGCCCCCAAACCAACUUUUGGACAUCUGGUCCAUGGUAUUGGAAAAAUGCUCUACUGUUAUCCUACCAGGUAUUAAAGAUGAUGCAGACAUGGCGCUGAAACUAUUUUCACUCGGUUCUAUAUUGCACUGUUUGAUAUUUAAUAUGAAGAGCAUGGAUAACAACACUCCAGUACCUGUUAUUGCACGCUUCCAAAAUCUUAUGAAGAAAAUGAUGGAUGAAUUUAUAAAGCCCUCGCUUAAUCUCAUUAAAAAUCAUUCAGUAGAUGCAGUAUCCUCCGUUUGGCUCCAGAAACUCUGUGAUGUCACUCUUUUGCUUAUUUACACUUGGCUAGAAGUGGAUACUAUGACCAAGUUGAAUUGUACCAAAUACACGUCACAGCUAGAUAAAUUAAGCACUGCUGUUGAGUAUCCUGGUGAAGGCUGGGACUUGUCAUUACUCCUUGAAGACAAAGAGUGUUGGGAGACAAUGGUGACACUCGCCAAAGGUCCUGUGAGCAAGUACUGUUUAGGACUCUUGUGUAUUCAGAAAAUUAAAUACAUAUUAAUGCAAAACAGAUCCAUGACUGAAACGGACUUCUUAGCUCUUCGUUCCACUUCUUCUUUCAUACUUCAUGUUGAAAAUGACUUUUUAUCCAAAGAGUGUGAACCUUGGUGUGGUAGUGCAAGUGCUGUCGAUGCCAACUGUUUUCCUGUUGCUCACUGGUAUCUCGUAAUAUCAAACCUCUUAAUCAUCCAUCCAUAUAUCUCUCCAGAGGACACUCAUCAGGUUGCAGCAAUGUUGUUGGAUUCAUUACUUUUAUCUGAUAAAGAAGACCAGGAAGACCACGAUACAAUGAUUACACUCAAAACCGUAUCUGAUAGCCUUCUGAGUAGUGAUUUUUUUCCGGAAAUGCGUAUCUUGCAAUGUGCUUUUGUAACAGCCAUAAUAAAAAAGUGUACCAUAAGCACGCGAAAAGAUCUCAGACAGACAUUUGAUCUUCUUUCUGUGAAAAGCCUUCUGUGGCAUGAGGAUUUCUUUUCUUCUAACCGAAAAGGAGGGAAAAGCGAUAACUCUUCCCAGUGUUGGGAUAACAUGGAAACUGCAGCGCAGAAUGUGUUGUCAAUGAGCCGGUCAGGCACCUCUCCAAGUUUGUCUGAAUCAGAGAUCGCUCACCUUGUUAGGGUUAUUAAAUUUAUUGUUGCAUUGAAACCUGAUAGUCUGUCCCCCUCCGAUCAAAGUCGCUGUUUUCUCUUACUACUUUCUUUAACUCGAGCAGGCUGUGCGCUUGGGAAUCUUUGUCUAACGUCCACUUGUUGUAAGCUCCUGACAUGCCUCAUUAGUGGAAAGUAUUCUAAUGGAGUGUUCAAACUGCUGUAUGCCAGUGACAUUCUAGAAAUUGCCGUUGGUUCGCUUUUGAAGGCUAGCUGGGAAUUUGCCAACGGCGCGGAAAUAAAUCCGCAGUGGCCCGAUUUCAUCCAGACUGUGCAGUCUUUUCUGGAGAGCUUCCUUGGCAUGGUUGUAGAAAGGAAACAAAGUGUCCUCCUGAACCUGGAGAAAUUUUUAGACUUUGUGGUACAUUCUAUACCAGGUUCAGAAGACCCAAAGUGGAACAUCCGCAUAGGCCACUUGCUUCUAAUAGCACUCAACACCUUAUGUAAGCUCAUAAAACCUUGCCUACAGGAACAGCAUUUAAAUAAACACAGGACUCAAAGUCUGUCAUCUCUGCUACAAGAGGCUGUGGUGAAAAUGGGCAUGGUUCUCCAUCAAUGCCUGAAGGUCAGUGAGCCUACUCAGAUGUUGCCAUCCUUCCUGGUGUCCUGUGUUACAACCCUACUCGAAGCUGAGCUAAGCCGCUUGUCACUGAUGGACACGACACACACAGAUGUUAGUGACAAAAUGGAACUUCAGAACGUUGAAUUGUACAAAAGUUUUUGCUCGCAGAUUUUGAGAGAGCUUUGCUGCGCGGAGGACCAGAUUACAUUUGUGAGAGCUGCUUUGCAUUACUUGACAAUCUGUAUAGGUGUGAAAGAAAUUCACGAUUCCCAAGAAAGCCUAAUCAUCUCAAUAUUCAGUGCACUGAAAAAACUUUUGAAAGGCCCUUGGGUAAGCAUCCAUAUCAUUCAAAGCGUAGAGAGCGAGUUAACGGAGUUAUUUUCACGCAUGGUACAGAGCUGCAGCGAUGAAGAAUUCUACGUAAUGAUGAAGCUUGUUCUCCAAUGGCUUGAAGUCACUAACUUGUGGAAACAAGAUUAUAAGGAGCCGUUUGCUAGCAUCACUCUGAUUAAGCUGCUGCUCAGUUGCCCGUUACAUGGAGACUGUGGGAAAUUAUUCUGGUUUACUGCUCCCCAGAUCAUUACAGCUCUAGUGACUCUGUGCAAAGAAGCAUGUAAAGACCGCUCGCUGCUUCCCACUAUAGUAGUACCCGUGUUGGAGUCGUUAGCCUUGUUGUUAAGACGGGGUGAAUCUUUCCUGACAAACCCGCACCACAUUACCCUAUCAUUCAGCGUACUUUUAACAGUGCCGCUGGAUCACCUGAAGGCAGACGAUUACUACAGCAUGUUCCUGGGAGUACAUGAAGUACUUUUUUCCAUACUGCAGUGUCAUUCAAAGGCUAUGCUGAAAGCAGUUCCAUCAUUUCUGAGUAGUUUUCAUAGACUAGUAUUAUCUGUGAUGCACGAGGGAAGGCAGAGAGGAGAUAAAGGUACCGCUCCUGAAUGUGAAGUUAUACUGCAGUGUGCACGGCUGGUGGAGCGCAUGUAUACCCACAUAGCAGCAAAGACCGAGGAAUUCACUGUGUUCUCUGCUUUUAUAGUCUCGCAGUAUGUAAAUGAACUCCAGAAGGUGACUCUGCAGCCUGCUGUGAAGAAGCAUUUAACUGAAGGAAUCUUCCACAUUUUGGACCUGUGUAUUGACCGUGAUAUCAAGUUCUUAAAUGCAUCCUUACAAAUGGGGGUGAGAGAAGUAUUCAAAGAGCUGUACAAUGAGUACAUCCAUUACCACAAAACCAAGAACCAAGGAGAAGAAAAAUACACCGCUUGAUUUGCAUUUUAUGUUAAAAUAUUUAUGUAUAUUAAAUGGUAAAAACAUAUUUUAAGCAUGAA